CACUAUAAACCCAACACACACUCACACAUACACACGCACACACACACGAACACCAUCUCGGAUCGCUUCUCCGGCUCUAAGGAGGAAACUUUGAAGGGAGGACUUUGCCCCAUUUCUCCAUGAUAACAGCGGGCAUGCGUGACCAGGAGAAGCCGGAAAGCGCACGCAGGGACGUGCUUCAUAUUUGCAGAUGCACUUUAUAUUUAUUGCUUUUAUGCCUGGAACCGGAGAUUGCGCUCACAGCACACGAGUCUGACUCUGACACCUUUGCCUUUUUCCAUGAGGGGGUGCAAGGCUGUUUGGCCGUACGAGACCACGCACUUUACCUCACAACAUCCUGCGAUGCUGAUGCACAGCUCUGGAAGUGGGUCACUCGCAAUCGCCUCUUUAACAUAGGCUCCUCCCUCUGCCUGGGGAUCCGAGUGGGAAAUGGGAGUGCACCGAGCGUUUUGCCUCGUCUCAGCGUAUACCGAUGUGACCGCGAACCUCCUCUGGUACGGUGGUCAUGGAGCUGCAACAAGUUCCUGGAUGAUCUUAGUACCUACUUGCCAAAUCCGAGCCCGCCCAGAGAUGACCGUAACGUCUCAGCUGCUCGGGCCUCAGUACCAGGCGGUAGCACACGGUGGAGACUUUAUGGUGAUAAUCAGGACCUUUGUGAGAAAACCUAUCGUGAAAUUUAUACUAUACAGGGAAACUCUCAUGGACACCCAUGUUAUCUGCCUUUCCUAUAUGACGGCCAGUGGUUCCACAGUUGCACCAGCGUCGGGAGAGAGGACGGCCAUCUUUGGUGUGCCACCACGCAUGACUAUGGCAAAGAUGAACGCUGGGGAUUCUGCCCUGUAAAGAGUGCAGACUGUGAGACAUUUUGGGACACAGACUCUCUGAUGGAUAACUGCUACCAGUUUAAUUUCCAGGCCACUCUGUCAUGGGAGGAAGCUCACACCAGCUGCAAACAGCAGGGGGCAGAACUGCUGAGUAUCACCAAGGUGGAGGAACAGAGCUACAUCAAUGGAUUCCUAACUGGUUACAGCUCCACUCUGUGGAUGGGUAUGAAUGACUUGGACCUUAACGGAGGAUGGCAGUGGUCUGAUUCGGCCCCUCUUAAAUACCUCAACUGGGAGACAGACCAGCCAAACCACGAGAGCGAUCAGAACUGCGGUGUGAUCCGCACAGAGAGCUCAGGGCGCUGGCAGAACAGAGACUGCUCCAUGGCGCUGCCUUAUAUCUGCAAGAAACGGCCCAAUGCCACCCUUGACCCUUUUAGCACAGACUCGUGGACAGACGACGGACGCUACCAGUGUGACGUCGGCUGGCAAAAUUUCCAGGCGGGCUGCUACAGACUGAACUCGGACAAGCUGGAUUGGAAUCAUGCUCAGAAAUCCUGCCAGAAGAUGGACGCUCAUUUAGUCAGCAUCCACACACUCCCUGAGCUGGAGUUUAUUAAUAUGUACAUGAAAAGAGAUGUAGAAGAGCUGUGGAUCGGAUUGCAUGAUAUCGCCAUGCAGAUGAAUUUCGAGUGGUCAGACCGCACGCCCGUUAUCUUUACAUUCUGGCACCCGUUCGAGCCCAACAACUUUCUAAAUACACAGGAGGACUGUGUCAUCAUGUGGGGUCCUGAAGGCCGCUGGAAUGAUAGCCCCUGCAAUACCACUUUACCUUCCAUCUGUAAAAAAGCAGCACAGAAGACAGAUGGACCUAUUCAAGACCAUGGAUGCAGACAGGGAUGGAAAUGGCACAGUCCUGCCUGUUUCUGGGUUGGAGAGGAGUCUGUAACUUUCAAUAGUGCUAGAAGAGUGUGUGCUAACUACAAUGCCACAUUAGCCGUCAUCAACAACAGGUUCGAGCAAGCGUUUGUGAAUAGCUUGGUCUUUGGCCGUUCAGACGAUUAUUUCUGGCUGGGGCUGCAUAAUGAGAACAGCACUGGCCCUUUCCGCUGGAUCACUGGAGUACAACUGACCUACACCAACUGGAACAGAGACCAGCCAGCUCUUCUUAAAGGUGGAUGCGUAGCCAUGGCAACGGGCCAUGCUACGGGCCUGUGGGAGGUGAAUGACUGUGCAAGUGCACGCUCAAAGUACAUUUGCAGGCAGGACAAGGGCUCUUCAUAUUCUCCAAUCCCCCCUAAACCCCAGCCCACACCCCCUCUUACAGGGUCCUGCCCCCCUGAGUGGAAGAGCUCUAGCAAUUUGCAUCACUGCUAUAAGGUCUUUCAUGCCGGUGACCUAGAGAAGAAGCUCACCUGGAUCCAGGCUCAUAUGUUUUGUCGGAAACAUGGUGCUGAGCUGGUUAGCUUUGGCACCCCAGAUGAGGAAAACUUUCUGUUUCAGGUCCUCCAUGAGACCUUCGGAGAGGAGGAGGAUCAUGAGCAACACUGGAUCUGGAUAGGUAUAUCUCGCCGAAUCAGUGACAGCUGGACAUGGAGUGAUGGAACAGCUGUUUCGUAUCAGAACUUUGGUAGGGGUCCAUACAGCUCAGCUCUGUGUGGAGCAGCUAAUGUGGCAGACGUAAACUGGGUAAAGGCUGACUGUAAUUCUGAAUUAGACUGGAUCUGCAAAAUACCAAAAGGGAAUGUUGAGGUAGAGCCUGAGCCAACCGAAGACUCUGGGCUGGACUGGGUUGAUUUCCAGGAAGCUCAGUACAAGCUGUUUGAGCAUCGCUCCACAUGGGGGCAGGCCCAGAGAAUCUGUUCCUGGUUUGGUGCCUCUCUCGCCUCCAUCCAUUCUGCCAGUGAGAAACAGUUCCUGGCGGGCACUCUGCGCAAGAUGUCGAGGAUUGACAGUGAUUCCUGGUGGAUUGGAUUGCACACGUUUGAGAAUGAUGGACGAUUCCGGUGGUCUGAUCACUCUGUGCUCAACUAUGUGUCCUGGGGACUUGGCCAGCCUCGCCCUCUUACAAGAGACCGCAAGUGUGUCCACAUAUCUGCGUCUAAAGGGGAAUGGGCAGAUAAAAAGUGUCAUUUAGAUAUGCCCUAUGUGUGUAAGAGAGUAAAUGUCACAGGCACACCUCCUCCUACUCCAGCUCCUCCACUCAUCCCAGCAGGCUGUCCUGAUGGCUGGAGUCCAUUCCUGCGCAAGUGUUAUAAGGUGUUUGGGAAAGAGAACACACAGCGUGCCACAUGGUCUAAUGCCCAACUGAUGUGCAAGACUCAAGAUGCAACCCUGGCCACAGUGCCCACUGACAUUGAACAAGCAUUUCUGGUCACUUUGCUGCCCAACUCGAGUUUUCAUCUGUGGUUGGGGCUUACCUCAGAUUCUCAGGGACACUUCAAGUGGGCGGAGUCUGGUUUACUUAGCUAUACAAACUGGGGCCCUGGGGAGCCAGUCAACAACAGUGGACAAAACAAUAAUCCGACCAAUUGUGUGGUGCUACUACACACUAGCCCUCACAGAACUACGGGAAUGUGGGCAUCGAGGGGAUGUGAAUCAGAGAAACAUGGCUACAUCUGCAUGAAAUACAAAGACCCUUCUUUUUCCCCUGGUGUGGACCCUCUUCCCCCUGUUGCUGAGGGGCAGCUAGAGUUUAAGGGCAAACAGUACCGUGUGUUAAAGGCACGGCUAGACUGGUUGGGAGCUCUGCAUGUGUGCGAGUCUGUUAAUGGUAGUCUGGCUUUGAUACGAGACCCACAGCAGCAGGCGUACCUUACACUUCUACUCAAUGCACUCCACAGGCCUGCCUGGAUUGCACUACACAGUGAUGGGGGCCGUGGAUACAGAUGGCUAGGAGAGGAGGAAGUUACUUUUAGCAACUGGCGUGAUGGAGAGCCCAAUCUGAUGUCUGGGUGUGGUCACAUGAACACUAAUGGCCAAUGGACUAUGUCAUCCUGUAAUACCAAACUAGAUGCAACCAUCUGUGAAAUGAAUACAGAGCGAGUAGUCGAACACAGGUGGAUGGAUCCGGGUCACUGCCUUCAGACAGUCGGAGAUUGGUCCUGGGUUCCAUUCAGAAACUACUGCUAUGCAUUUAACCUGAACCAGCUACGGCUACAGCAUGAGGCCGAGCACAGCUGCAAGAAAGUGGGAGCAGAGCUGCUGUCAGUACUGGAUGAGAAUGAGAACGGUUUUGUAUGGGAGCACAUUCAGAGCUAUCAGGAGCAGGCUCAUGGUGCCUGGCUUGGUAUGACCUUCAAUUCCAAAGGAGGCAGCCUGCAGUGGCCUGACAGUUCGGUGGUGGAGUACACUAACUGGGAGCAGCAGGACGGUAAUCUGAGUAUGCUUUCUGCUAAAAGCUGCUUCUGGUUGCAGAGUAACACAGGGCUCUGGAAACCUGGAUCCUGCAAAAAUCGCACACAUGGAGUCAUCUGUAAACGAUCACGAGGACUAAAGGAUUCUCUUGUAACUGCAGAUGCAUAUCAUCUUCCUGCUCUCGUUCUUAUUCUGCUGGCUUUCCUGGUCCUGAUUGCCCUCACUGUGGGUGGAGUUUAUCUGUAUCGUAGGAGGAGCUCUGGCUCUGGCGGAUCUUAUGAAGGCGCCCGUUACAGUCGCACUAACCUCACCCCAUCUGAAGAGGCGGAGAAAAAUAUCCUGGUGUCGGACAUGGAGCUAAAUGAGCAAGGGGAAUAGUGAAGGAUGAACAGUUAUUAAUGACUCACACACACAAGGACUAAUUGAACUGACUUCGUUUUGUUUUUUGUUUUGAUGGAUUUUUUUUUUUUUUUGUGGUGACAUUUAGAAAGCUGUGUGGAACGCAGCAGAUGUCAAUCGAACGCGAAGGUGGCCCUCCACCCCUAUUUGGACUGUUGCGUCAUUCCUGCACACCAACCAAUCAGAAUCCACCCGUUUAGAAAAUCGUCUCAAAGUGGCUGAUAUGCACAUUUUUACUCUUUAACGUUAACUCUUUUUGGAAAUCUAGUUUAUAACCCUGUUUAUGUUUCAAAGUUUCCAUCUGGUACUACAUUUUUAGCAUUGCAAAAAAAGAAUACCCAAAAAAAGCACAUGCCACGUACCACACACACAAAACCGCACAAUCUGUACCAAAGUGUUAUACCAUAGCAGUAUUUUUCACUGACUGUGAUUUGGUUUUAUUUUUACUUUGUUUUUUUUUUUACCUCCAGAUAAAAGGAGAAUUAAUUUUUUAAAUCAUCUCCCUCUGAUUUUCCCACCCGCUUUUCUCUCACCUCUUUGCUUUCUUUGUUUCUCUUUCUCUCUCCAGCUGAAUGCUGGGUUCUGUCUGGAUGUGAUAAUCACAGUGAUUAGAGAUGAAAGGAACCAAUAGCACGUGGAGCGUUUGACAAUGCCGAGGCACGACAGAUACACAGAGAGAGCGCUGGAGGUAGAAGAGAGCGGUGUGGCUUAAAGAAUGAGAGUAAUUUGAAGGUCUUUUCAGCAUGGCUGGUGCAAGUUAAAGCUUGAAUGUGCUGCUGAGAUUAGAUGGUGCUCGACUCAAUUUGGUACCUUUUCUUCUUCUUGUUUUUGAGUGCUUCUUAGUACAUGAGCUCUUUUCAAAGUUUACAAAAUCUUCUGAGGAAUGUGGAACCAACUACAAUAACUACAACAAUCAUAAAAUAUUGAUUCAAGCAAUUCUUUAUCUUUUUGGCCCAUUAUUGUUUUCCUAACAUUCUUACAGGGUUUUAUAUUCUGUAAGAUUGCUUUUUUUCCAUUAUUUUUUCUCUCACUCUACUUUUGGCAAAGGCGUGGGGUUGAAAAGGUGCUGCGGCCAAUUGUGGAAUGUCGAGUCAGCAAGUGGAUCAGGUCUGGAACUAAUUUCAGCUUCUGAGGAAUGAGAGAGAAAAUAAGAGACAGAGAUACAGUGUAGCAGAGAGAGAGAGAAAGAAAGAGAGAGAGAGAGAGCGAGAGAGAAACAGGGAGAGUGAAACAGGGAGAAAGAAAGAGGGCGUUGUCCCGAGGAGAAAGAAGGGGCAAAAGAACCAUUAGGUGAACAGGAUUCUGAAGAUAUGUGCAAGUUCAGGCUGAGAAGUCCCUGCAGUGCCUCUAAUGGACAGUUUGUGUCAUUACAUUUAAGUGAAGUGUGUGUAUGUACUGUAUUUACUGUAUGUUUUAUGAGCAUUUGAUCUGCAUUUUUUGUAGAUGUCUUAGAGCAAAAUAUCUGGCCAGUAAUGGGCAUAAAUUAAAAGAAAAGAUGCAGCUCCUGCCAAGGUCUUUUGUUCACUGUUGGAGGUUGGGCUAUGAUGCAGUCAUACUACACUUUCAGAAUUCGAUAAAAGGCUAUUUCCUCAACAGAGCUACUGCCACGUAGGCGAGCCUCAGUGCAUGCUAUUUUUAUUAUUUUGUAUGGGUUUUUUUGUUUGUUUUUUAUAGCUGCCUGUUUCAUAAAAUGUUUUAGCAUUUUUCAUGAAUUCUUUCAAGAACAUUUGUGCAUAUGAUUUCUCCAAUUUUGACUUGAGAACUUGAGAAGCCUAUAUAAUCAGAUAUGGAUAUAAUAUUUUGUUUGCAAAACUUUUUAUAAACCAUUCAAACCCCCCUUUUCACUGGCAACUAACCAUAGAACAUGUAAAUUCUGAGAAGAAAAUGGCAGCUGCAAGAUGGCAGGAUUUUUAUUUUUAUUUUUUUCAAACACCUCUCUAACAAAAUCAGCUAGAGCAUGUUUGAUUUUGGGUUUUAAAAACCAUAAAUUAUAGAACUUUUAAGCACAAACUUAUUUUGAUAAUGUUAGCAAACAAACCCAAGGUGCCUAGAAAAUUAUAUAAGGCUAGAACAGCUCGGAAAAUGCUGGGAAAUUAGGAAUAGCUGGUAUUUUAUUUCCUUCACGGAAUUCUUACAUUCCAGGACAUAAUUCUUUACUUUUUCCAUAUUAGCAAAAUCUGGAUAGCUAACCAUCAAUGCUAUUGUCAUAUAGCUAGGUUACUAGCAUAAAUGGGCCUGCUUAUGACCAAAACAUCCAAGUUGAAAAGCUAAAUCUUGACAAUCUUUUUUUUUUUUUUUUUUUUAAUGAGAUGAAGUGAGCUAAAAUACUUAAAAGAUGGCAGCUAGUAGACUAGCCGACAUACCUACAUGUAUUUGCUGUAAAUGAAUAAAAAAUGCGUUAUCGAUUCCAUAGUAACAGCUCAGAUUCUGUCUCUUGUAAAGCAGAUCCUGAUUAUAAUCUGAAGCUAAUAAAUAAAUAGAUGAAUACAUUUAUGAAACAUUUUUAUUAAAGUGUCAGAGAUUUUGUGACAACAAAUUUGGGAUAAGUCUUUAACCUACGGAUGUUCAAAUACAAUAAAUUUCGCUAUUUUAUAGUAAUACAGGCAGGCAGAAUAAAAGACAUGCAGUUAUAAGAAAAUAUUACAUUUUCACAUGAAUCCACAUCAUACCAGCUCAUUUUAAAUAAUUGUAUUAACAUAAUAUUAUUCGUAGCUUUCGUUUUAUUUUCUAACUCAGCCUGUGAUGAUGCCCCCUGCUGGCUGUGGGGCCCAAAGCAGCCACUAGUUUUGUGUAGGAUUUGGCUGUCCUUGUUCUGAUCCAUUGGUUUAAUUGGAUUGACCACAAUUAGUAGGUAGUAUUGGAAUUUAAGCAUAAACUAACCAUAAAGCUCAUUGCAAUAAGUCCAUUAUUGGCUGUAGAACCACACAUGGCAGUGACAAAAUGGCAAUGUACAUGACCACAGAAGAGCUGAGGUUAUUACAAAGUUACUGAUCCAGUCAUAUACAUUUAUGAUCUUGCAGUAGACAUUUAAAUGGCUUGAACGUAAUGUGAUUCUAUGUAUGAACUGUUAGCUGACUACAGUGGCUCACUAGUGUUGGUUUUGAGUCGUGCAAAUCAAAAUUAUGUAUUUUGUUUUUUCUAUUUUGUCAGAAGGGGUUAGAUGUUUUUUUCUUGCUUCUUAGAACAGUUUUCAGAUUUUCCCAUUAUGCACCUGUCGUCUACUCGUUUUGAUUAAUUUUUUUGUUUGUUUCAUACAAAAUGAAUAAAGUAUAUGUUGGCUAAGCAGCAGUUUAGA